UAUGUGACAUUAGGCAUGCCACCUGUUUUCUGUCAAAAAGACUUCAAAAAUUGUUUCUUUUUUGUCUUCUCAAGUUUUUGACUUAGGAAUAGGAAAUAAAUUACAAUGGAGUGAGUGAACCUCAAAAAGCUGGACCAUUACAACUUCAAAUCCACCUGUGCAUCCACUAAGCUCAAUAUGUUCAGAAAUAGAAUAUGGAAUGUAAUAAGAACCGCUUGCCGGAUGCACAGGCGAACUGUUGCAGUACAUAUUCGCAGAUACUCCCCCGUUGGUCUAGGUCUACUAACCACAGCCCUCUGUGAAGAAGACGAGAAGAGAAAGAGGUCAUACAAUACCUGGGACGAUAUAUCUCUAGACCGAUUGGAGCACGAGUUUCUCAUUCGGCAAGCGACCACAAUCAACGUAAAUGCGGCGACUCAGCUCCUCACCGUAACUUUAGUUGCCAUACAAGAUACUAGUGAAAGGUUAAGAGAAGCUCUGAGUAAAGAGAUAUGCUUAGUGAAGCAAGCUUUGGAGUGGGGGGAUGAAGGCACACCUCCCCAUCACUGGGAUCAACUAGUUGCUGUGAGAGGAGCUCUCUGUGACCUCAACCACAAUCUUAGAACCUUAAUUAGUUAUAUGGAUUAUGCAGAAAAAUUAGCAACAGCAGCUGCAGAAAUAUCAUACUUAGCAGGCAACAUAGCAGCUUCUGACGCCAUCUGUGAGAGGAUUGACCAUGCAUGCAGGACAUGCAAUGUUCAGAAGCAACUCACGCAUGAUCUUCAGCAAGAAAGCUUGGAGUUGCAACAAAAGGCUAUAAUCAGCUCGCCUCAUCUUGAAGAAAAAUUAAAAGAUAAUCCAGUCACUGACAAAAACAAAAAUACGAAAAAGAAAUGAUAUAAAGAGAUAAUAAAAAAAUAAUAUUAAGUAGCAGCCUAUGCGUGGCAAUAAUAAAUUUUAAUAGGCAAUAAGGAA